UUCUUCUUCGUAUGCUUCGGGAACUGAUCGUUUUGCUUUGCAAUUAUUCGCUGCACCAUUAUUUGACCUGAACUAAGUAGUAAUUCUCUCUGAUAACUCUUAGUAGCCGGGGAAGGGCAUAUCCCGUAAAUACUAUUUCGUUCAGGGUUAUUUACGCUCACCCAUUGUCCUCUCCUGAGCUAUUUCUACUUUCGGUUUCGAAACAGAUCGGAACAACCAAUCGCAGUCAGUAUAGGGUUUCUUUUCAUUCAUUAACAUCACAGUCCGCACUCUGCGAGGUGAAGAUUUCACAAUUUUGGUGCACGGAGAAAGACUAGGGUUUCGGACUCUUAUCUACAUCGAUCUGCUGCUUCUGUAAUGCUCUGCAGGGAUGCCUGAGGCGAAUGAACAGGUACCAUUGUACAACCAUGACGACCACAUGCAGUCCAUGAACCACCCUGUGAGCCAGAUCGAGGAAGAAGACGACGGGGCAGCUGGAGAGUCCAUCGACAAUCCUCACGUACGUUACGAAGCUCACACGCUGGAAAACGGUGGUGUUGGGCGCAACCUCGAGGUUAUGGAUGGCGUUGAAGAGGUCCCUCCGGAUUCUAAUUACCUCGGCGGUGCCAAUUUCGUGUUACCUUCACGUGGAGAGGGUAUGGAUCAGUUGACUCUCUCCUUCCAGGGUGAAGUCUAUGUGUUCGAUGCCGUAUCCCCAGAGAAGGUACAGGCGGUUCUGCUAUUGCUGGGAGGGUAUGAAGUACCUUCUGGCGUGUCUGGCGUGGCAUCCUCUCCAAAUCAGAGGAGUUUAGCUGAGUACCCUCGGCGCUCGAGUCUUCCUCAGAGAGAGGCUUCUCUUCAUAGGUUCCGGGAAAAAAGAAAAGAGCGAAACUUUGACAAGAAAAUUCGAUAUACCGUCCGGAAAGAAGUUGCUCUCAGGAUGCAGCGUAAAAAGGGUCAAUUCACAUCAUCAAAGGCGACUUUAGAUGAAACAGCAUCAGGUUCUUCAAAUUGGAAUGGUUCAGGACAAGAUGAUUCACAGCAAGAAACUUUGUGGGUGUUAUGCACACACUGUGGCAAUAGUUCAAAGUCCACUCCAAUGAUGCGUCGUGGGCCAGCUGGACCUAGGACUCUGUGCAAUGCAUGUGGGCUUAUGUGGGCAAACAAGGGGACUUUAAGAGAUCUUUCCAGGACGCCAAUAAUUGUGCAAACCUUAUCUGCGGGAACUCAGGAUACUUCGGCAAACCGUAUUGAGCAGGGUGAAGUUAAUGGGUCUGAUUUGGGAACCAACAAUCAGGGACCACCUGCAGAUGUUGCUGCUAAUUCCAAUGGAAACUCUGUUGUAACAGCUGAACAGUGAGCUGAUUGUUUAGUCAUUCUCCUCACAAAGAAGUCCUACCUAGGUACCGCAAAGGAAUUUUAUGGUAAGGAGCAGUCAUCCGGUUAUGAGGAAUGGCUAAAGGCAAACAACUUUGGAUGAAACCCAAUUAUAUGACCAGUUGUGGGGUGGCAGUAGGUCAGUUUGGUUUAAUUUUGGUCUGGUUGAAAUGGUGUUUGGUUCGGUUUGAUUUGUUCCAUUUGUAUGAUAAAGAAAAUAAUUAUAAAAUCAUUUUUCUGGAUUUUAACAAUUUUUUUAUCUGGUCGGUUUGAUUUUCUUUCGUUUUUCGUUUCUGUCGGUCCAUUUUGGUUGGUUUGGUCAGUUUUGUAAAGACCAGACAGUAUAAUUGGUUCGCCCGGAUUGGGCUGCAAUUUGACUCCCCUAAAUUAUGUAUGGAACCCUCUCUUUACUGUUGUUACCUAUUCUAAUUUUGACCACAGUUGAUUGUAA